CACUGGAUGUCAUAAGGUGAAAGCACCAAUUUGUAAGUCGCUCUGGAUAAGAGCGUCUGCUAAAUGACUUAAAUGUAAAUGUAAUGUAAAUGUUUGGCUUUCAGGCCUGAUAAGAUGUACGUAGCUAGACAGAGCACAGACUGCAAAUUGACUGAUGUUUUGGAUUUGAGGCCAGUGUAUCAGUUUGUGUGGUAGUCGUGGUGGUGGCUAGUGUUUGGAUGCCAGUGUAUUAGUGUGUGUUGGUUGGAGGCCAGUCUAUCAGUGUGUUCUGGUUUGGAGGCCAGUGUAUCAAUGUGUGUUAUUUGGAGGCCAGUGUAUCAAUGUGUGUUAUUUGGAGGCCAGUGUAUCGCAAAGUGUUGGUUUGGAGGCCUGUGUAUCAAUGUGUGUUGGUUUGGAAGCCAGUGUAUCAAUGUGUGUUGGUUUGGAGACCAGUGUAUCAAUGUGUGUUGGUUUGGAGGCCAGUGUAUCAGUGUGUUUUUGUUUGGAGGCCAGUGUAUAAAUGUGUGUUGGUUUUGGAGGACAGUGUAUCAGUGUGUUUUUGUUUGGAGGCCAGUGUAUCAAUGUGUGUUGGUUUGGAGGCCAGUGUAUCAAUGUUUUAUGGUUUGGAGGCCAGUGUAUCACAAUCUGUUGGUUUGGAUUCCAGUGUAUCAGUGUGCGUUGGUUUGGAGGCCACUGUAUCAGUCUGUGUUGGUUUGGAGGCCAGUGUGUCAUUGAGUGUGGUGUUGGAGGCCGAGUGUAUCGGUGUGUAUCAGUGUGUGUGGUGUAAUUUGCUGUGUAUAGCUACAGGAGAGAGACGAGAGAAGAGCCUGUCUGUUCCAGUCAGUGCAGCUGGAGAAUCUGGCAUGCACUGUGUAAAAGCUCCCUUUUCUCCCAACUCGCAGCCUCUGUAUAUCCAGACCCUCUGUGGUCUCUGGCCCUUUCAAGUCCAUUAACUGACAAUAGCAUCUUUUCGAGAGUCACUGCCUUGGAAUAACAGGAUCUUGGAGUGACAAAGUUGUGCAUGGCCACUCUCCCUGCAUGCUAAUGGUAACACCUCUGAUUCAUUGGUUACCCUCUCUCUUCUGCCAUCCAAAUGCUGUGUUCACUUUUAUCCACUCUGGGCAGUGUAUGUGCGGGUGUGUGUGCUCGUGCGCUUGCAUGCGUGUGUUUUCCUCUAAUGCAGAGUUCCAUGGUGAACACACAGCUAGAGCUACACCCUCCGAGCCCAACCAUCACUAACGCUAUAGUAAAGUCCCGUAGCUGCAGCCAUGCUGGAGUGUUCCAUGUGGAGGGAGAAGCUCGCUACUCGUUGACCUUUGGCCUGGCCAAGAACCUGUGUGAGAGCCUGGGCGGCACCAUUGCCAGCAAGGAACAGGUCACAGAGGCCCACGCCCAAGGCCUAGAGACCUGUAGAUAUGGUUGGAUCAGCAACGGAAAUACCACUAUCCUCAGACAGAAGGCCCAUGUUAACUGUGCCAAGAACAUGACAGGAGUCUUCUUCCACCAUGACACUCUGGACCAACCCUUUGAUGCCUUCUGUUUCAAUGCAUCAGAUUUGUCUAUGAAGAACUGUGAUUUGGCCAUCAAUCCUGAUUCAACAGGACCAGAUAGUGUUCAGGUGACAGAUGGAGACCUUGCUUCUGAUGCUGCAGGUGAAGCCUCAGAGCAGCCUAAGACAGAGGAGGUCCCAGAGGAGAAGACAGACAUCCAGACAUAUGCCCCAGCAGUGGUGGAGGACCAGGACCAGGUACAGCCAGAGGCCACAGAGGGAACCCCAGAGGACAGGGCCCAGCCUGAGGACAGAGAAAGCACAGAGCCUGACACAGUGGAUACCACCUCUGCACCUGAGAAACAGGGAGCCGAGAGCACCACUGAGGUAUUUGAGGAAGUGGACCCGACCCAACCUGCAUCCACUGAGGCUAGCCCAGAGGAACCAACAUCUGGGGCUGGGGGUGAGGCCUCAGAGGGGGCAGCCACAGAGAGCCCUGGUGGGGAGGAAGAGCAGACUGAGGGGGAUGAGACCCAGUCAGCCGGCCGCACUGGGGUGCUGGCCACUGAGAUGGAGGACACCACCGGGUCUGGGAUGCAACCGACUGGCGCUGAGGAGGGGGCCUCUUCUAUUGCACCACCUGUUGGACAGCCAGGAGAACCACAGGGCUCAGCCAGCGAGGAGGAUGUGCAGGAGAUAGUGCCAGAGCAGGAGGAGGAGGAGGGGGUAGAGGAUCAGCCCAUUCCCAGGGGGAGGAUGAAUCCAGGUGAGGGAGUAGCCCCUCCUCCAGCCGGGAAGGAGAAUAGUAGCACACCCGAUUGGCUGAUCAUUGUGGGAGUGAUUGCGGCAGUGGGCGCUAUUCUCCUCGUGUGUGCUGCUGUGGCCAAGCGGAAGAGCUGGUGCGGUCAGCAGCAGACCCUGAUGAUCACCAACAAGGAUGGUAGUGACGAGAAUGGGGCAGUGGCGUCUGUGGCUAGCUCCCGCACCCAGGAGAGAGAGCAGGAGAUGGUGACCCUGAUGAACAAAGAGAAGAUCCAGGAAAACGGCAACACAGAGGAGUUCACCGUCAUCACACUGGAUGAGUCCCCAGAGAAAGGACAGCUGGCAUGAGAGAGGAGAGGAGGAGGACAAGGAGGAGAAGAGAGAGGGGACAGAAGGAUAGAGAAAGAUGAGUAGCUAUGGGGGUGCUGACACUGGGGCAGGACUAGAGAAGGUCUGGCUGGGGGUGGAGAUGGACACUUUGGCCUGCUACCAAGAAGACAGACACAUUGAACAUGCCAGCUGGGGUUGGGUGGGGGAUUUGUAAAUGUAAGGGAUGGUUAAUACUCUAUUGAUUCUGUUGUUGUAUUCUGGGAAGAAUGGCUGGUUUGUCCCACCUUGCUACUAAGGUGCAACAUCGGAAACUGGCCCUGUCCUUUGCCUGUCUCUCAGAUGGGCUAGCUAGACUGUUAAAGCCAAGAUGAGCAGAAUGCUACUUUCUACCCUGUUAUGUCAGGUAUGUGGUUAGGAUUGGAUAGUUCCCAGUCCUAGGGUUUGGACUGAGUCGCUACAUCUGGGGUGUCAAGCCAGGCUUCAUACACACAUGCUGAUAUUCACCCCUGCCUUUCAAUCAGUGUCUAAUCUAAAUCUGAGAAAAUCAGUCUGGCUUCUCUAGCCAAUCAGUAACAUUAAUUCAAUAAUAAUAACAGGUUGAAAUUUAACCCUGCAGACCCUGUGACACUGGGGGACUGGAGGUUGACAUCCCUGCUCUAUGCUGGGAUCUGAGUGGAGAUGUUGAAGAGGUGUGUGUGUGUGUGUGUGUGUGUGUGUGUGUGUGUGUGUGUGUGUGUGUGUGUGUGUGUGUGUGUGUGUGUGUGUGUGUGUGUGUGUGUGUGUGUGUGUGUGUGUGUGUGUGUGUGUGUGUGUGUGUGUAUGCACAGUAUGUACUGUAUGUAUGUGUGAGGGGAGAGAGGACGGGUGUUGAUAAAGGCACAGGGGUGUGGGACGGAGUUUUUAAAGGUGGGGGGUGGGGGUCUUGGUUUGCCCAUCAAGACCAGUCGGGGGUUGAGGUUGAGGGUUAGGUUGAGGGGAAGGACAUUGUUGAUAGUGUGUCACUUGAAGCUUUUGAGGAAUUGAGUUGGAAAAACAGGCGAGCAGAAAUGUGAAAACUAAACAGACGUCGUCAAAUAAUUUGGCUGGAUGUUCAUGGGAUUAAUAUUGUUUCUUAUGGACAGGUAAAUGUGGGACGUUGUGGCCCACUGAUGUCUAUGCUCUUUAUCAGUCCCCUGUUUUCUUUCAAUAUUAACCCUCUGUAUAUUUCAGUUCUUUCCUGUGGAUUGGGAUUUUGUUUUUACAAGAAAACACAAUGAGAUGUUAGUAUUUGAAUUAAUGCAGUUUGGAUAAUUAUUGCUAUUUUGCUUCUGUAUAUAAUGUACACGUAUUUUCCAAAUGCCUCAGCAACAGUUGUCAUUCAUCUUUUUUGGCAUGCAAUGCCCUUUAAUGAAUAAAUAAAAGCUGUCAUAUUUGAGAAUUAUUUAAUCAAAUUCAGAACCUAUGGUCUUUAAUUGUGAUAGAACAUUUGCAAUAGUCAGAGUAGAUAUUGUAUGAAUCAACUUCAUGUAUAGUAUUCAAGACUGUGCAUUUUAAAAACCUUUUUUUUAUGAUGUCUAUUAACAUGGUGUGUAUAAAUAAUACAUUCAUGUUGAGUAGUGCAUGGGACUAUAUGGAAUAUCAACAGCUUUCGGAGAAUAGAUGCAAUGGUCAGAUGUGGAUGUUGGAGUACACGUAUCACAUGUACUUACCAUAUAAGUCACCUUAUAUUGACAGAAAUGUGCCAUUUACAAUGACCUAGAAUUGUGUAGUAAUGCAUUACACUGUGAUGGAACCUAAUAACUGUUGUUAACGGCCAACAUGAAAAUCAAUGUACAAUCCUGAGGAGUGACCGCGUCCCUCACUGACAAAAUAAUUGAUUUGGCUGGACACACUGACAACAACACAUGAUCUGGACACAGAUAUUACAGUAAUGGGCAGAACAGUAGAACUCCAAGCACAACUCUGGAUUCUACUUCUCUGGGCUCCUUUGUAACAAAGCAGCAGAGGCCAUCAUAUUUCUGUGGCUUUCCCUGUUAUGUGCACCAGAGAGAGGGAGGUUGAUGAAUUCAUGUGUCUCUGGCUAGGAGCUCUGUGUCUCCAUACUGAUCCAGGUCCCAGUGUGCCCAUUGCUCCACACCUCCAUCUGAUUACAAUAUAAUCUUUAUACUGUCUCUUUCUUUCAUAGGCAAAUCACUUUUAUGUGUGAUUGUCUGUGGAUAUUAAGUGGAUAUUAUGAAUCCUCUCAUAUCAGUUUGACAGUACAUUUGUCAUGCCUUUUGAGUAAGCGGCAUGACAAAUGUGUGUCCCAGCUUUUUUGUGUGGCUUUUUGCCUCUGCUUUUGUUCCUCUCCGAUCUUGCUCUCAUUUGAUUCACUUUGAGGAAAAUUAGAAAAUGUAUUAGGGUAGGAGUGUGUAAUGAUGAAUUAACAAAACAUUGUUAAUGAGAAAAUAUGUGUAAAGUCAUGGAUUAAAUAAAUGUGUAUAGAGGAAA